AUGCAUCGUCCGAGACAGUGGGGGAAACGCUCCCAGGCGGAACGCUAUUUGUCAUGGUCUCCCUUUGCCGCUUGUCAGCGGAAGAAGAAGGGGAAGGAGGAGGAUGUCGUCGGUGCUGAGGUUCACGAGAGCCAAUCAAAGCGAUAUCCAGCCACAACAUAUGAUGAUGAUGAUGACAUCCGACAGCGAGUGCGUUGUCCCGUGAAUGGCGGUCGUCGGAUUAUGGUUAACGCCAUUGCCAGGGCUGUCGGCACAUAUAGUACGAUGACACUCCUCUCCACAGCACAACGAAGCCUUCCACCUACAGGGCGCGUUUUUGCCGACUUCCAAAGUCGCGCCUCUCCUGCGCUCACUGACUCUCCUCUCCUCCACCUCCUCCUCUUCCCAAUGUGCCUCACCUCCUCCCUCGAACGGACGCACUCGCUUGUGAAUUUUUUCAUUGAAAGAUUAAUGGAGCGGACGGUGUUUUUGCCGCCUACAAGGAAGAAUAGUGGCUAUGAUGGCGGUGGUGGCGGUGGCAGUAAUGGGGAAGGUGCAUGA